AAAUUCCAUCUUGACUAGCUGCUACCUAUGCUCCUCCAUAUUCACAUUGACCUUCACCUCAGAUGGGCACAUUUAGCAGACCUUCUUGAAGUCUAGAUUGAAUCUAUCUUAAAAUUUUUGGCUUUACGGACAUCCGUUUGAAGUGGGUCUUGAGACAUCUGCCGAGAAAAGAGCCUCCAGUACCGCAUAUGGGAAAUUGCUGGAGGAAACCUGCAAAGUGUGCUCAUGCAUCGUCCAACAAGUUCUCAGAACGUGCGAAUUCUCGGAGCAAAAGUAAACUGGAUUCGGCCUCAGCUCCUCAUGACAAGGGACCGACUUCCGCAAAUCCAGAAAUUUCUCCUGUUAUAUCCGAAGCCAUUUCAUCUGCCUCUAUCAAUCUGAAGUCUUUCAGCUUCAGCGAUUUAAAGAAUGCCACCAAGAAUUUUCGCUCAGAGAGUCUAAUUGGGGAGGGAGGUUUCGGGUUUGUCUUCAAGGGAUGGAUCGAUGAGAGCACAUUAGUCCCCACUAAACCAGGAAGCGGCAUUGUGGUGGCUAUCAAGAAACUCAAGCCAGAGAGCUUCCAAGGCCAUAAGGAGUGGCUUGCUGAGGUCAACUACUUAGGUCAGCUUCACCAUGAAAAUCUUGUAAAACUCAUUGGCUAUUGUUCAGAGGCAGACAAUAGACUUCUUGUUUAUGAAUUCAUGCCAAAGGGGAGUUUGGAGAACCAUUUAUUCAGAAAAGGUGUUCAACCUAUGGUUUGGUCUGCGCGGAUGAAUAUUGCGAUUGGUGUUGCCCGUGGAUUGUCCUUCUUACAUAGUUUAGCUGCAAAUGUAAUUUUCCGUGACUUGAAGGCAUCAAAUAUUCUGCUUGACUCGGAUUUCACUGCGAAACUUUCAGAUUUUGGCUUGGCAAGGGAUGGCCCUAGCGGAGAUGAAACCCACGUUUCCACCCGAGUGGUGGGAACUCGGGGUUACGCGGCACCUGAAUAUGUUGCGACAGGUCACUUGACCCCAAAGAGCGACGUUUACAGCUUCGGCGUUGUCUUGCUAGAAUUGCUCACGGGAAGGCGGGCAAUGGAAGAUGAGAGAGGUGGGUUUGUGGACGAGACCCUCGUGGAGUGGGCGAAGCCGUUUCUAAAUGACACAAGACGAGUGUUGAGAAUCAUGGACUUGAGGUUGGGAGGCCAAUACUUCAAGAAGGAAGCUCAAGGCGCGGCUGCUCUCGCACUGCAAUGCCUCCAUACAGAUCCCAAGAAUAGACCGCACAUGACCGAAGUCCUAUCCACGUUAGAGAAACUCCAGACAACGAAGCAGCCAUCGAGGCAACCGGCAUAACGAGAUAGAUGGUCACAGAACUACAGAGCAUCAUCGUACACAGAUGCUUUAGGACUAUUAAGAUGAUCUUACUCUAGUAUAUGAUUCGUAUGUAUAAAUGAAUUCAUAAUCUGCUAUGUCAGUAUGCAAAAACUGUUUCAUCAACAAAGAAGUGAAAAAGCUACACACUUUCUCAUGCCA